CCGCAGUAGCGGCGGCUGGGGGCGGUGAGUGCGGCGUGGGGCUGCCCCUCCCCGGAGGCGGCGGGGGCGGCCGUGGCCGCGCCGCACCGCACCGCGCGGGCGGCCAUGGAGCGAGCCUAGGGCCCUGCAGGUCUCCCGGAUAGGACGAGAAACGGUAGAGGAUGUUGGAGGGAAAGUGGAAGGGACAAGACAUGAUUGGUCAUUAAGGAUUUAUUAGCCCUUGAAACGGCCAUAUCGUCGGUUGGAGGAGUGAGGAUUUAUAAUUCUGGGAAAUGAGAAAAGCUUGAUACAGCGACUUGAGUCUGGGGCCAAGUAUCAGUAUCAUCCCCACCCAGCCAAGGAAUUGUGGGAGGCACCUCAGUGAAGAGAUGGACCAGUGUGUAUAAUCAUGGAGUCUCCUUGCUGACCAUCACCACCUGCUCUCCUUGAUAAGUGAGAGUGGUCGGGGAGAAGGAAAAGAGGUCAACAUGAAGCUAAAGCAGCGAGUCGUGCUGUUAGCAAUUCUCCUUGUCAUCUUUAUCUUCACCAAAGUUUUCCUGAUUGACAACUUAGAUACAUCAGCUGCCAACCGGGAGGACCAGAGGGCCUUUCACCGAAUGAUGGCAGGCUUGCGGGUGGAGCUGGUGCCCAAGCUGGACCACACCUUGCAGUCUCCCUGGGAGAUUGCAGCCCAGUGGGUGGUUCCCCGGGAAGUGUACCCUGAAGAGACACCAGAGCUGGGAGCAAUCUUGCAUGCCAUGGCCACCAAGAAAAUCAUUAAAGCUGAUGUGGGUUAUAAAGGGACACAACUGAAAGCCUUACUGAUACUUGAAGGAGGACAGAAAGUUGUCUUCAAACCUAAGCGGUAUAACCGGGACUAUGUGGUAGAAGGGGAACCAUAUGCUGGUUAUGAUAGACACAAUGCAGAGGUAGCAGCCUUUCAUUUGGACAGGAUUCUAGGUUUCCGCCGAGCUCCCUUGGUGGUUGGCAGAUUUGUUAAUCUGCGGACAGAGAUCAAGCCUGUUGCCACGGAGCAGCUCUUGAGCACCUUCCUAACCGUAGGAAAUAAUACUUGUUUCUAUGGGAAGUGUUAUUACUGCCGAGAAACAGAGCCAGCCUGUGCUGACGGAGACACGAUGGAGGGGUCUGUCACGCUUUGGCUUCCAGAUGUGUGGCCUCUACAGAAACACCGACACCCAUGGGGCAGGACUUAUCGAGAGGGCAAAUUGGCCAGGUGGGAGUAUGAUGAGAGCUACUGCGAUGCUGUGAAGAAAACAUCUCCUUAUGACUCCGGCCCGCGCCUCUUGGACAUCAUUGAUACAGCUGUCUUUGAUUACCUGAUUGGCAAUGCUGACCGCCAUCACUAUGAGAGUUUCCAAGACGAUGAAGGCGCUAGUAUGCUCAUCCUUCUCGAUAAUGCCAAAAGCUUUGGGAACCCCUCGCUGGAUGAGAGAAGCAUUCUCGCCCCUCUCUAUCAGUGUUGCAUCAUUCGUGUGUCCACCUGGAACAGACUGAACUCCUUGAAGAAUGGUGUGCUGAAGUCUGCCUUAAAGUCCGCCAUGGCCCACGACCCCAUCUCCCCAGUGCUCUCUGACCCGCACCUGGACGCUGUGGAGCAGCGGCUCCUGGGCGUCCUGGCCACCGUCAAGCAGUGCGCUGACCAGUUUGGGAUGGACGCUGUGUUGGUGGAAGACAGGAUGCCUCUCUCGCACUUGUAGUUCUCCACAAAAUAAGUGAAACUGCUUUUUACAAAGAUAGAGAAACAGCACAAUCAAUUCCAGAUGGUAUGAGAUGGAUUGGAAGUGGCCAGCAGCGUGUUCUGGUGAUAGGGGAUAGGGUGGCCUUGGAUUUCUUUGGUGUUUGCUGUGGUAGAAGCUAAAGCAAAGACUUACAAGCUUCAGACCACAGAACCGUACCUGCUGAACCACCUUCAGACUUCCUCGGCGUUUGCCCAUCCUAGCAGUGGGCAGCACAGUUGGUCAGUCUUAAUUUCUCAUGCCAAAGGAUGAAGAGAGGUGUGACAUUCAACUAGGUUAAUGCUGGGGUUGGUUCUGGAGUGUGUAUUUGGAGUUCAUCCUUAUAGUCCUUUCUCCACACUUGUGGAUCUUCCAAAAACACUUUGCAGUCUCUUGAGUCCUUUUUUCCAGGAUUAGUCAAAUUGGGGAUUUUACUGCUUCCUGGGGAGUGGCAGCAAGGAACCUGGCAUUCUGUUGAGCCAAAGUAGUAGGGACUAUGCUUUUAAGGUAGAAUUAGAAGGCAGGACAAAAGCAGGAAGGAUGUUUGGGCUUUUAAGUAAGAAGGUGGUAGUGCUUUUGAUGAUUCUUAAAGGAGGGAAGAAGAGAGAGAGAGACUUGCUUGGUAGAACCAGAAUCAAGGAAGUGAUUGUAUUAGUGAAAAACAGGUUCCCCUGUAUUUAAGUUCUUAACAUAUAUAAAAGCAAGCAUGACUUGUAUCUAAGUAAGAUUUGCAUUCUCAUGGUUAUGUCCAAAUUAACCCCAAAAAAUUGUCUGUAGAGAACCUACUGUUACAACCCAAGCACAAUUCUAUUGUGGAGGUUUACUUUCUUUUUUGCCCCAAACAGGCAAAUCCUUUGCAGAUUAACAAAGCAAACUGAAGAUAACAUCUUGCGUAAGAGUCAGGUUGCCUGCGAUCUUUGCCAUCCUGAUUUCCAAAAUGAAUUUUCACUUUUGUCUUCAAGGUAUUUAGUUGUUAAAGCUGUUGUUUCCGAGAGACUGGCGAUCCUAUUUGUGCCUUUCUUGGAGAAAAGCCAGCUUACUCCUGUAGCUAAUAGUUCACAUCCUGCUGGUGGCUGGGCCUGUCUAGUGAUUUGGGCCACGCAGAAGGCUAGAAGCAAAGAUUUUAAGCCUUCUGAGCCUUAAAAUUAAGGUGGUUACCAGGAAGAGCCUUAAGAUUUUGAUUUAUGUCAUACCCUGUUUUCAUCAUUUAAUCUUGUUCUGAACCCAUGAGGUAGUAUUGUUCUUCUGUCUUCUAUUAGCACUUUCAAAUAUCAGUUUGCUAAAACAGGCUAAGUUGUGUGUUCUGGCAAAGUGAUUUUGACAUGUAACCAGUGGCAUUAAAAUAUAGGGCGAGGAGAGCUGGCCUGGUGAGUCCACUUGUGCGUCCUCAGAGCUGGAAGCUUCUCUCCUGCAUUUUGUCUGGGGACUCUUUGGGUUUUGACUUCUGUGAAGCAAAGACUAAUAUUUAAACAGUGUGGUUGAACAAAUUUACUGCCAGCCACUGGAGACCAAUUUUAGGUAACUGCCCUUUCAAAAAUGGUUUAGAAUUUAUGCUCCAAUUUUCUCAAAUUGAAAGUCAACUGAGUACCCAGUAACUACUUUAACAUGAAAUUAGGAUGCUUUUGUACUUAGUUUGUACAUUUGGAGAUGUACACAGAAUGGGCUUAGUUAUUUUUUAAAAGCUUUUGGAUUUAAGAAGACAUACCAGCACAAAACACUGAGCUAGUGUUAACAGGAAGAGGUGCUGAUUUCAGUUUUAAAGUCGUGUACUGUGUGCGUCCAGGGAGUACACAUUUGAGCUUGAGAAGGGCUUGGAUGGUGCUCACCUCAAAGCAUCAGGGAGCCACUAAGAAGGUAGUCAGCUGCUUUGCUUGAUAAAUGUUAGUUGAACUAAUUCUUUCAAACACGUGAUAUUGUUCUUUGGUAUGCCGCAGUGGAAUGAGUAAGAACUGUUCUCAAACUUGGGAACUUUAUUCAUAAUGCUGAAGGCAGAAGAUCUGUUGAGGAAAAAUGCAGGAGGGAAGGCUGCUUUGAAAGCGUCUCAUUCUUUUUUCCAAACACUGCUUCAUUCUCCUAUUUUAAUAUGAUCUUAAAAAGUGUUCAGAUGUAUAGUGGUUAAAAUUAGAAUUGUGCUAAGAGAGUGGUGUGAACUGAUGCUUAGAAUAUAAAUUUAUGUUCUAAGUCAAUAUUGGAUUAAGCUGGGAAAAGUGUGUUUAGGUAAAUCUCGGAGAAAACCAACCAUAAGCUCUUAGUCCUAAAAUUCAUAAACACUAUAUUCUGAUUCAAAAAAGAGGUAGAUAUUGUUUUUUAAAGUUUUCUAACACUGUCCUUUUUAUGGUUUAUCUUUUAGAAUUGAGGGUUGUUAUAAUCAGAUAGGUCAUUGGAAGGGUUUUUGGUUAGUCUUAAGUUGGGUAUGCCUAGCUAACAUCUAAAGAUAAACAUGGAUACAUUUCAAUAUUCUAAAACUAAGAAAAUCAGAACUGAGUAGCAUUUCUGCACUCCUCCUCCUACUUUUUAAAUAUAUUUAUUCCAGAGUUUGGGGGAAUAUGGGUAUAGAGGUUUCAUCCUAAAAUUGUUCUUUAAUAUGAAGGUAUAUUAUUAGUUUGGGGUAAAUAAUUUUCUGUGCAAAACAAAUUAAUAGACAGGAUCUGACUUGCUCAGAGUAUUGCUUAAUAUAUUAAUAAGGCAUUUCUCUGUAUUUGCUCUCAGGAUUAAUAUGUCAAAUGAAAUGUAAUAAGGAAAUGGGAGAAUUCAGGUACAUCCAUUGUAUACUGUUCUGGGCAAGAUGAACCCUCUACAUGGCAGAAUUUCAGUGUCACCUGAAAGCCACAUGUUCUUCCAAAGAACUCCAUCUUUUCUUUAAAAAAAAAAAAAAAAAAAGAGGCUUUUGGCCUUCCCCUCGUAUCCACCGUGUUCCUUCACCCUCUCUUCUCCACAGCUUCCAUAUUCUCAUUUGACCAGUCCAUGACCACACCUCAAAUGAUGGUAAACAGCAUCUGUCGUUUUGUGAGCUUGGGCUUCAGGAAACAUGAGUCAAAGUAUAUGUAUGUAUAUAGUCAUAUAUGUAUUCUAACAAGAAAAUAUUUAUUUUCACACAGGGAAACACUGACUUAUGUUGCUGAAGAACCUGAAGCUAGUAAAAGGUUCUCAGUCUCUGAGCGUGAACCUAAGUGACAUAAAGACCAACCAUUCAGGAAACACCUACUGUGCUAGCCAGGGCCGGCGCCGAGGCAGACAGACCCGCCUCGUAAGACUGCUGUACAGCAGGGGAGGGCCAGUUUUCCUCCCUUGCACUCCUCAAGUCUGGGUUGAAAAGGUGGGGGCUGGAUACUAUACUGCCAUAGGUUUCUAAGGAACUAAGGUGUUAAUCAAAAAUACAAAAUGUUUAGGGGGGGAAUCUGGGAAUUAUUUACCGGGAAGUAAUUUAUUUGCUUAAGAGAGAGGUGUUAAGAACCACGACCCUCGGUUCUAAUCUGCCAAGGAUUUCUUCUCAGAGCUCUUGCACAAAUAGAGGUUGUGCUUGGUAAGACAUCAGACAAGACAGAUAUGAACCUAAAUUUCUAAUGUGCUCUGUGGGUUUCAAUUCUGAAAAAAAGACAAUGAAUAAAGAUUUUAAUAAGUA